UAUCUUCCUUCUUUAAGCUUUCAUCCUAGUUUGCAUACUUUAUAUUUAUACAUAUUUAAUGCAACAGCUAAAAGGAUGGCUUACCAAAAAGUCCAUGGAGAUCAGAAUGCACAGUAUUUAGAUAGCGAAGACCUUCAAGCCACUUCCCUGGAGUUAGAAUGGGACAUGGAGAAAGAACUGGAGGAGCUGAGCUUUGACCAUUUUACUUUGGAUAGAGCAGUCCACCAACCAACUGAGAAUAGUCAAAAUGCUGACUUGGAGUCUAUUCAACCAUCAGCAUCUCCCAAAGGAAGAUUUGAAAGACUCCAGGAAGAUCUGGAUUAUAUUUCACACCGGACACAGCACCCACCAAAGAACAAUUGCUGCAGCUUUUGCUGGAUAUUUAAGCUAUUUUGCACUGCUACGAGUCUAUUUAUUUUGGGGAUUUUGAUAGGCUACUAUGGACAUGCACAAUGCCCACCUCUAUCAACAUCUUCAGAAGCCAGUAAACCUGCCAUCAUUCAGGAUAUUCUUAAAGGUAUCGAAGCAAAAGAUCUUGCACACAUUUUCAGAGAUUUGAUACAGCAGAAUGGAAAAGAAGAUAGAGAUGUUGCAACAAAACUUCUGGGUCAGUGGACAUCCUUUGGUCUUGAAGAUGUCCAGCUCAUCAAUUACACUGUCUUGCUUGACCUGCCAGGUUCUUCUCCAAAUACAGUGACUCUGAAUAACACUGGGGAAUGCUACUAUCCUAAUGGACAGCCAUGUAACAAAGAGACCCAAACUCACUACAGUCAAGACCUUCCAUAUGCCUAUGCUGCUUACUCUGCCAAAGGAACCCUCACGGCUGAUGUAUUUGAUGUACAAUAUGGAAGUCCAGGAGAUUUGCUCAGAAUUAAACAGUUUACUAAUGUAUCCAGCAAAAUUGCUCUUUUGAAACUUGGACAUAUGCCUUUACUGUAUAAGCUUUCACUGCUAGAAGAGGCAGGUUUCAAAGGUGCUCUUCUUUACAUUGACCCUUGCAAUUUACCAAAGUUUCAAAACCUGAGCAAUAAAGCAUUUAUGGUGUCAUUGAACAGUGGUGGUGAUCCUUCGACUCCUGGAUAUUCCAGUAUUGCAGAAAGGAAAAUUGUGACUUUGAAUAUUCAAACUCAGCCAACAUAUAAAACAAUAUCCAACGUUGUUGGGUAUUUAAAAGGAGCUACAGUUCCUGAUAGAUACGUCAUAGUUGGCAGCCACCACAGCAGUUUGCCUGGCUAUAGUAGUGAACAAUGGGCUCAUGGCACAGCAGUAAUUACUGCACUUAUCCAAGCCUUGAUGAGGAAGGUGAAGAAAGGUUGGAGGCCUGAGAGGACCAUCAUUUUCUGCUCAUGGGGUGGAACCAUGUUUGGCAAGAUUGGUUCCUAUGAAUGGGCAGAGGACCUUAGGAAAGUUCUCCAGAGGAAUGCUGUGGCAUAUGUGAAUCUCCAUGAUCCAAUAAGAGGCGAAGGCAUUUUAUAUUCCAUAGCAUCUCCUUCUGUUCAGCAACUAGUAAUUGAAGUUACAAAGAACUACAAGUUCACCUGUCUUGGGCCAGCGAAGUGCAUGGAAUCCAAUGCUAGCUCAAUUCAAAUGCAAGGGGAUUCUGAUUAUUUCAUCAACCAUCUUGGAGUCCCGGCUUUGCAAUUUUCAUACCAGGAUUCGGCCAUGUUAGAGACAGCAAGCUUUCUUUCUGAAGCUGUUUUCCCUGUGUCUUUGACAAUACCCACAAAGCUGGAUUCUUCCUUCCGCUUGCACGAAUCCAUCACUAAGUUGACAGGAGAAGCAAUUUUGCAAAUUGCUAGCAAGCCAGUUCUGCCUUUUAAUGCCCUGGAUAUUGCAUUGGAAGUUCAGAAGAACCUGCAAGACGACCCUCAUAAUGUUGGCAAUUUGCUGAAGGUGGCCUAUGCUUUACGGGAGAGUGCAGAAUUGUUUCAAUCAGAUGAGAUGCGGCCAGCCAAUGACCCAAAAGAAAGAGCUCCUGACCGUAUCAGGAUGUUGAAUGACAUAUUGCAGAGUCUCGAGAAAAACUUCUUAGUUUCAGGUGUUCCACCAGGUUUUUACAGAAACAUCCUUUAUCGACUUGAUGACAGGACACACCAAUUUUCAGUACUCCUGGAGGCAGCGGAGCACUGGAAGUUACAUCAGUCAAAUGAGACUCUACAAGCUAUCUUGUCAGAAGUGUUCAACAGUUUCAAAUCAGCUCAGGUUUGUUUCAAAGCAGGACUUGAGGUCUUUGAGGUGACCUCAAUGGGAAACCAAUGAUGAACUUGGCUUUUUGGCAUCUGCACACACGCCACUAAGAACCUUGUUUACAUUUUCCAGAAGAAGACUUGGGAUCACACUUGAAAUUAUAUAGGGUUGAAAUCUUUCUUUGGUUUCUCAAUUUU